AUGGGGAAGCUGCUGUCGAAGAUCUUCGGCAACAAGGAGAUGAGGAUAUUGAUGCUGGGUCUAGAUGCUGCGGGGAAGACUACUAUUUUAUAUAAGUUAAAAUUAGGUCAGUCAGUCACAACGAUACCAACAGUCGGUUUCAAUGUUGAAACUGUAACGUAUAAAAAUGUCAAAUUCAAUGUAUGGGAUGUUGGAGGACAGGAUAAAAUACGGCCGCUGUGGAGGCAUUAUUAUACAGGUACCCAGGGUUUGAUUUUCGUGGUGGACUGCGCGGACCGUGAUCGUAUAGACGAGGCCCGCCAGGAGCUGCACCGCAUCAUCAAUGACAGGGAGAUGAGGGACGCUAUCAUACUCAUAUUCGCUAACAAGCAGGACUUGCCCGACGCAAUGAAACCCCACGAGAUCCAAGAGAAGCUCGGUCUGACGCGCAUCAGGGACAGGAACUGGUACGUGCAGCCGUCGUGCGCGACCUCCGGGGACGGACUGUACGAGGGCCUAACGUGGCUGACCACCAACCACAAGUUAUGA